CUGCUCACGAUUAUCUGCCUCCUGGUUGGUUUGUUGCAUUUUUGGACCAGGAGGCUCAGUGUUUGAGCUUGUACUACAAAAAACAUGCUGAGAAAGAGGAUAGACCGACAGUUUUGUCACUUUACGGGAGACAUGUAAACGAACACGCCGGCGAGAGUUCAUUAUGUGGAGGAGUUUGCCUUUUCUUGCUUUAUUUUGGUGCUUCUGUGAAACUUCUGGCGCUUAUAUCAUCACAGUUGACGCGAAGCGACCAGAAAGAGAGCUCAGGCCAUUCUGGAGAAGCACUGGCUUCUGCCCUCCACUUCCUCACACCCAGGCUGACCAGUUUGACCUGAGCACUGACCAGCGGCUGAAUUUGGCCUAUGUGGGCUCGGUCCCACACGGAGGGAUCCAGCAGGUUAGGAUCCAUUGGAUGCUGGAGCUGGUCACUUUACAACAUGUUGGAGGAAAACCUCAGUAUAACUUCACUAAACUGGAUGAGCUGAUAGAACUGCUGUCAGAUAAUGGGCUCCAACCAGGUUUUGAAUUGAUGGGCAGCGUCUCAAACUACUUCACUGACCUGGAGGAUAAAGCCCAAGUGAUUGAAUGGAGAAAUCUGGUUUAUCUCAUAGCCAAGCGAUACAUUGACAAAUACGGCGCAGGAAGAGUUUCUCAGUGGAACUUUGAAACGUGGAACGAACCCAAUAAUCAUGACUUUGAUAAUGUCACCAUGUCCAUUCAAGGGUUUCUAAAUUACUACGAUGCGUGUUCAGAGGGGCUGCGCGCUGCCAGCCCGCUCCUGAGGUUCGGCGGUCCCGGAGACUCUUGUCAUUCUCCCCCCCGCUCUCCGUACUGCUGGGCCAUGCUGCAGCACUGCUACAACGGCACCAAUUACUUCACCGGAGAGACGGGCGUCAGGAUCGACUACAUAGCCCUGCACAAGAAGGGAGGGGGUUUCUCUUUGCCCAUUCUCCAGCAGGAGCUCCAGACAGUAGGGGAAAUCCAGAAACGCUUCCCCAGCUUCCGCAGCGUCCCUGUCUACAACGAUGAGGCCGACCCUCUGGUGGGAUGGUCCAAACCUCAGGACUGGAGGGCUGACGUGACUUACGCUGCAAUGGUGGUAAAAAUAAUAAAGCAGCACCAGGAUCUGCUUCUGGCUAACCCCAACAACACCAUCAACUACACCCUUAUGAGCAACGACAACGCCUUUCUGAGUUACCACCCGCACCCGUUCACUCAGCGCACGCUGACCGCUCGUUUCCAGGUCAACAACACCCGGCCGCCUCAUGUCCAGCUCAUCCGGAAGCCCGUCCUCACCGUCAUGGGCCUGCUGGCUCUGCUAGGAGAAACACAAGUCCUGGCUCAGGUUUUAAACUCUGGACGUCAAGAAAACAGCACCGUGGGCGUUCUUGCCAGCACCCACAGACCUGUGAUCCAUGGCGGGUCUGACAGCUGGCAGGCGGCGCUCCUGGUCUACAACAGCGACGACAACAGCACUUCCCAACGCAUCGAUGAUGUUGCAGUCGAGCUGAAAGGACUAGCUGAGCAGAAGGGUCUGGUGUACGUCACCUACUACAUGGACAAUAACGUUACCAACCCACACCAGCUGUGGCAGAGCAUGGGCAGCCCUGACUUCCCCACCGCGCAACAGUUCAGACACCUCAGGAGUGUGGAGGACCCCCGGACUGACGGACCUCAGAAACUUCCUCCUGGCGACACUCUGACUCUAAAAGCCAAACUGUCUCUUCCCUCCGUCCUCCUAGUCCAUGUUUGUGCCCGGCCUGAGGUCGGACCAGACCAGGUCAAUGGUUUACGCUUCAUCAGGAUCACCAAAGGCCAAGUCCUCGUUAUCUGGUCAGAUCACUGUGUUGGUUCAAAAUGCAUCAAGACGUUUGAAGUAGAAUUUUCUAUGGACCAGAAGGAAUUCAGUCGGGUUAAUGCUCAGGACACCAUUUUUACUUCUUACGUCUACUCACCAGUGGACCAGAAGGUUGGGGGUCUGUACCGAGUUCGAGCUGUGGACUACUGGGGCCGGGCCGGGCCCUACUCUCUGCCGGAGAGGUUUUCAGACGGGGAGUAAACAGUAGCACAUUUUAGAGACAUUUAGUUUGCUGAUUCCCAUGUUGUGGCUUGUUGAGCGAAAUCACACCUCAGACGACGUUACAGACGCAUCCCACUUCUUUACGAACGUAAAAAAACUCACGUAUUGAAUUAUUGCUAUUUUAUAUGAACUUGUUCACAUGAAGAUUUUUACAAAAACAAAAGACAAACUACUUUUUUUUUUUAAAUAAAAUUUAUUGUCAGCAGCACAGAGCAAUUCACAUCAGAUGUUACCCGUCAGCGAGUUACAAUAACAUUCUUUGAGAAAAUCGUGCUAUUUAUUGGAUUUUGCUUUGAACUAUCUUGGAAGUGUGUUGUAGCGUUUCAUGGAGUGCGGGAUUCAUCAGACAACUAAGAUGAGAGUGUAGUAUUGCACGAUUCCCCUGUGAAGAGUUGCGUCUUCAUCCUGGGCAUUUUAGUCGGUCCAGAUUGACAAAGUGCAAUCGGUCAUCCACCGUCAGCCUGGAAGCUGUUUAACACGCCCCUGUUGAAGAGAGACAAAUGCCUUUUAAGUUUAAAUGCUCUCUAUAGCCUUUAUAUUGCAGGUCAAAUGCGUGCUUGUUGCGUACCCGACUGCAGCACGGGCUGGAACUGUCCGGCCAUGCAGAUUUCCUCCUGCUUCUGCCGGACGACUCUCUGGAUGGCUGGGGGAAGGCCGCGAGGGUUGCGGGAGAAGACCAGCGCGUAGCCGUCCUCGCAGCUUCCGUCCUCCUUAAGGGUGCGGCAGGCAUAUGUGAUGGCGUAGUUGUCGUAGUCUGUGUCGAUGAUCCAGUAGUUGUCACCUAGCGAAGCAGAGAGACAUGUUUGUCUUGACUACACUGAGAUAGAGGAGGAUGAAACAUGCAGCUCUCGUAGGCUUACCGCCGCUGGACAGGUAGCUGGCCAACCCUUGGUAGUUCAUGAACAUCUUGCCUGGUGUGUUGGGGUCAGGUACUGAGUACUGAGCAGCCAUGUCUGCACAGACAACCCAGAACCUGAAGAUGGGAUAGAGUAAGAACAUUUCAGCUGAAAUGCUGGGAGCUGUGUAUUGUACAGAUUUCAGUCUAGUAAGUUUAAAAAAAUAAAAACCAACCCAAAGAGAGUGACUCUGCCUCUGGAGGAGGCCACCAUGGCACCGUCGUCCGCAACAGUGUACUCAGCAGAGAUGUUGUCCUGCAGGAACAAACCCUCAGGGUCUUUCUUCUGCAGGGCGUACCAUUUACCUGCAUACUGCCCAGGAAAAAAGAUAAACAGAUGCAUUAACAGAUAUUUCAUCAGAUUAGUAUGGCUUUACACAGAGUGUACAGCUGAAUUAGCAAAAUGCAAAAAAAAAAAAAAAAGAUCACACUCUAUGCUGAUGAUAUUGUUCGUUAUAAGGAGAAUGCUAUUCUGGAAGUGGAAAUAGAAGUUAUGUACUCACCCUUUGGGGAUCAAAGUCUUGUUUAACUGUGAAUCUGUCCACCACACAAGAGGCCAGGCUCUGCUCCACACAGGCCAGGAAAAGCAUCACCAACCCAAAGAGCUGGAAGUCCAUUCUAAGUCAAGCCAAGACAAAAAAACCUGGUUGCCUUUCGCUUUUGAAAUCUCCGCAUAUGGCUUAAAUGUAGGACAAAUCAGUUUCUCUAGCAAUGGGAGUUUCUAUAAACCUCUUAUUUGUCCCUGAAGGCAUCAUUUCCUUACCUUAGGUGCAGAGGAAAUCCACAGGAAGAUUGCAGUUCAGAGAUGUGUUGCCGUGUUUUAGCUGUGCCGAGAAGCCUGUGAGCGAGCCUUUUAUACCGGAGCCACAGACGGGCUGUCUGAGUAUUCUCACUUCUUCAGCCUAAAUGUAGAUUUUAAAUCUAGCAUUAAUCCAGUUAUAGAAAUCCCUGCCUGUAAGCUGAUGAGCCUUCACGUUCAGGAGCAUGCAGGCUUUAUGUAAUUUUUUUUUUUUUGCCAGGCUGCAGUUGAUUAUGGCGGAUGCAAAGGAAGAUUAAACUUGUUUGAACCCUGAGUCACGCUGCAAAGGCUCUGUGGUAUUUUAUGUGCAAUAUAGUGAAAUUAAAGAUGCUUUUGCAAUGUUGGACAUUUAGUAAUGUCCUUAAAA